CCAAAUGGUCGAAGAUGCCCAAGAAUCUCCGGAAAUAUCAGCAUGGGAAAUCGGCGCAUCAGACCCAUGAACCUAUAAAGAAAGACGUAAUCUCAAGUGGGAGAGAACGUUUGCGGUGCUGGUUUGUGUCACGUAAGUACAGGGCUCUCAAGUCUCACGCAUUCGGCGUGAAACACACGCAAUUCAACCCAUGCACACGCUCACACGCCACACUUAAUUUUAAUAUUAAAUUAAUUCAAUAGGCCUAUUAAACCAAUGUAUUUCAAUCGGGAGAUUUUUUUAGACUUCAGAAGGGCGGCGCAGUGCACGCCCUAUAUCGAACCCUUGUUCUAUUUUCCACAGUUUAGACUAAGGCUGAAUCUGAAUACUCAUACUUGCAUACUAUAUAGUAUGCAUUUUGUAGUAUGCAAAAAAUAUAGCGCGUCCGAAUACUCAGUACGCAUUGUGUAGUACGGAAGACAUUUCCGAAUGCAUACUACCGCCAAAGUAAACCACGGACCUCACUACGCUAUCCCACAAUGCAACCGGAGUCUGGUAACAAACGAAGAAGAGAUGGCUGACCCGACGCCAUCAACAGCGGCUCCCGCAAAUUUCGAAACAUUGAAAUGUAAGUACAAGUAUUAAAUGUUUCUUUAAUCGGUCAUUACGAAAACUGUGCUGUCUUUCUUGUCAUGGUAAGGUCAACCCUUGAUCUGUUUUUCAGGCUAAGGUAAAUGCUACGUGUUAGCAGCUAUCUAUCGACAAUAAUAACGUAAUUUCAGGUAGUAAACUAGUGCCGUUUUGUUAGUCCAUCGUAGUGUUUGCUGUGGAUAUAACAUUUAUGUUGGUUUAUAUGAUGGCUUAACGAUAGGUUACGAUUGUUAAAUGCGUGUAGCGUUCAUACUACAGUCUCGGCAUCUGUGCAAGCACGCGAUUGCCUUGCACAGAUUACGUGCCUCCUUCCCUCCUUCCCUGUGUCAAAUAGCUCAGGGAUUGAUCAGGGGAGGGAAUAACGAAAGAACAAGGGCAUUGUGCGGUCGGGCGGGAUUACAAUAAGGAGAGUAGAAAAAUAUUAAUUGAGUGUGGGAGAGAUAUCAAUGUACCAAGUGCCAAUAUGUUUUGAACUAGUAGGCAAUAAACUCACCGAUUAAUUACUUUGGCUGAUUUGUAUCUAUAUUAUAUCUGAUUUGUCAUAAUUUGCUUGGACGCAGGGACUGACGAGGACACCCGCCAGUUUAUAGCCUGGCGGGCAGCUAAUACAAUGCUAUUCACGGGCGUGAAGAAAUCGGCAAGGGAUGGCUUUGAACAAUUUAUUAAAGACAAGGGGCUGGGGGGGGAAGAUAUCCACGCAGCAAGUGAAGAGGAAGUGGGAAAACCUCACCGCAAAAUACAAAGACUUGCGCAAGCCCCAGUCGGGGGUUGCCACUGAGGACGGGAAGGACACAGUGGCGUCAUGGAAGUGGUACAGUGAGAUGGACGGUAUUCUUGGACAGAAACCAUCCAUCUCACCCCCGGUAGUGAUCUCUUCUUCCGGCCAGGGCGCCGCUGUGGCCACCCCGUCCUCGGUGCCAUGCACCUCAGCAGAUGACACCAUCACCCCGCCACCAAAUAAACCAGGUUUGAGGGAGCUUAUGGAGCUGAUGGAGAGGAGGGAGCGGCAGGACCUGGAGAGAGAGAGAGAGGCUAGAGAGCAGGAGGAGAGGCGAUGGAGACAGCUGGAGGAGAGGGAGGAGCGAAGAGAGGUGCAAAAAGACAGAGAGAGACGUGAGAUAGUCGUGCCCGUGAGGUGCUGCCACACGAGGCCCAGCAGCAACGGCAGCAGCCAGGAUCGCACGUGCAUCAUCCCCUCGCCUUGUCUCAAUGACCCUCUCACCUGCAGGACCAUCAUUGUCAUUGUCACACCCAUGGUCAUCCUCCACAAUGUCUGGCUCAACAAGGUCUCCGUUGGCAACACAGACAUUGUGCAGGAUGGCACAACAUGUGACCACAUUGGGCUCGUCAAACACGGAUACCCACCAUCCCCAAGGAUGCACCGGCCCUCAGGUGGGUACAAGGCCUCAUAG